AUGGUGCCUCAGUACAAGUCACCGCUCCUCGGUUACGAAAACUGGCAGGAGCCUCUACCCACCGGCUUCAAUGCUGACGGAAAGUCUCUGAUCAACCCAUCGGCGCCACGUUCGGAGGCCUACGACAUAUUUCCCAAGCCUAUUGAUUCCUCGAACAACGGUUUCGACUUUCAUAUUUACCACAUCGGCACUGCUCCAGACCAAGUAAAGUACGCCCGGGAGCUUCAUGAGCGCAUCCGAAGGGAGUUCCCAGAGUUCCGUGUCUAUAAAUUUUGGGACAAGCCCGUUGGCCCUCACCCGGUCCCUAUGUUCGAAGUCAACGUGUUUAACCCCCACCAAGUCGGAACAUUCUUUGCCUGGCUGGUUGUCAACCGUGGUCCGCUCUCCGUUCUUGUUCACCCCAACACCGACGACGCGCUUGCCGAUCACACAGAGCUCGCGACGUGGAUGGGGAAGCCUUUCCCUCUAAACACAAACAUACUAGUGAAGUUUGAUCUUGAGGAUUGA